AUUCCAUCUGUUCUGGGUGUGUUGGUGAGUCUAGCUAGGCCAUGGUUCACAUGAACGUAGGAGGAGUGUCUUUUACUAUAAUGAAAGUGCAGGUGAUGAGGAGUUCUGCAUAAGGUCCUUUCCAGCAAGUUAUAUAUUAUACAACUUGUCACAAAACAUUCCUGAAGUAUGAAGCAAGAAGAAUAAUAGUACAUUGUAAAGCAGUCAUCGAACUUUCAUCUCCCACAGAUCUUUCUCACCUUUUGCACCAAACAUUUGAGAGACCAAAGUGUGUAAGAAGAAAUACGCAAUUGGAUACUACUUAAGUCUCUGCAAUGCGAGUGUUGUAUUUUAAACACUCCAUUUUUCGGAGCCUACUUGAGUCUAAUGGACUACUCCAGACACUAUUAGUCUUCCUUCUGAUUCCGUGUUACUUGACUGUGGAUUUUAGGGCACCCCCACUUAUCCCUGAUGUGCCUUUCCUCUGGGCCUGGAAUGCUCCAACUGAGCCUUGUUUCACAAGGUUUAAUCAACCACUAGAUCUUAGUCUGUUCUCUUUAAUAGGAAGCCCCAGAAAAAGUGCCACGGGUCAACCUGUCACAAUAUUUUAUAGUGACCGUCUGGGUCUCUAUCCUCACAUAGAUGACUCACAAUUAAUUAUUCAUGGAGGGCUACCCCAGCUGGGGUCUCUAAAAUUUCAUUUGGGAGUAGCUAAGACUGACAUCCUGCAUUACAUGCCAAUAGACAAUGUGGGCCUGGCUGUCAUUGAUUGGGAAGACUGGCGGCCUACCUGGUUAAGAAAUUGGAAACCUAAGGAUAUUUAUAGGAAUAAGUCUAUUGAGUUGGUCCAGCAACAAAAUACACAACUUAAUUUCACAGAAGUUGUCAAGAGGGCCAAAAAAGAAUUUGAAGAGGCAGCAAGACAUUUUAUGGAAGAGACUUUAAGAUUGGGAAAAUCACUUCGGCCAAAUCACUUAUGGGGCUUUUAUCUUUUUCCUGAUUGUUAUAACAAUAAAUUUCAAGUCGCUGAUUACACAGGAGAAUGCCCUGAUAUAGAAAAGCACAGAAACGAUGCUCUCUUCUGGCUAUGGAAGGAAAGCACAGCCCUGUAUCCAUCCAUCUAUUUGAAAAGUAGCUUGAAGUCAUCCCCACAAGCUGCGCUCUAUGUCAGAAAUCGUGUACAAGAAGCCAUCCGAGUGUCUAAAGUCAAAGACCCUCACAAUCCACUUCCUAUUUUUGUGUAUUUUCGAAUUGUCUUUACUGACCUAACUUACCAAUAUCUAUAUGAGGAUGACCUUGUGAAUACAAUUGGUGAAACAGUUGCUCUGGGUGCCUCUGGAAUGGUAAUGUGGGGAACUCUUAGUUUAUCACAAACUAUGAAAUCUUGUCUGAACUUACAUGAUUACUUGAAGACCAUCUUGAAUCCUUAUAUCAUCAACGUCACCCUUGCAGCCAAAAUGUGUAGCCAAACCCUUUGCCAGAAUCAAGGCGUGUGUUCAAGGAAGGAUUGGAAUUCUAAUGACUAUCUCCACUUGAGCCCUCAGAACUUUCAGAUUCAUUUUGUGAAACAUGGAAAGUAUGAAGUCCGUGGCAAUCCCACCCUUGAGGACCUGCUAUACUUUUCUGAAAAAUUCCGUUGCAGCUGUUUUGCCCACCUGAAGUGUCAGGAGAGAGUUGACAUGGAAAGUGUUAGCACUGUCAGUGUGUGUACUCUGGAAGACAUUUGCAUCAAUUCCCUUGUAAUUUCAGACAGAAGAAAACUACCUGAGGACUGGAAUCGCUCUUACUUUGUUAAUAGCAAUCAGUCAGAUAUUACAUCAUCUGCCACAGUGAGUCCAUGUGUGCCAAGAAAAGAUGUCAGCGGGUAUCUCUUUGUUCUCUCUCUAUAUUCACAGCAUUUGAAAUAUUCGCUAUAGAGUUUUAACCAGUCAAAAACUGGACACCACCUUUUAAAAAUAAUUCUUUCUAAUCAGGAUUAUAUGUUGAAUUUCAGAGGCAAAAUAUAUAUUCUUCUAUCAAAAACUGAUUGUAAGGCUGUCAUACUUUCAGGGUUAAUGGUCUACUGAGAAGACUGAAGAUGAAAUAAAAUCAAGUUGC